UGUUUUUAAGGUGUUUCCUUAAUAUGGACAAGAAACUGAAAAGCUGUGCCUCGCUUCGGUGAACAAAGCCCAACUCUGCAUGGUCACACUCAACACAAUCGCCAACCCACCAGGGAGCGCCCUCUCCACCCUCUCCCGGACAAUCGGUCGCAGGAAGUCCCGCACAGCUAACUCUACUGACGCCACGCCCUCCACCCUUCAAUGACGUCGGCGCGAAGUCCCAGGAGCGCUAGGGGGUAGUGGUCCGAGAGGUGGAAGGUGGAGGCGGAAGGUGGAGGCGGAGGCAAGAAAGAAGGCGGUGGACCGGCGGUCACACCGUCUUCCGCUUCCGUCAUUUCCGGGUGCGACGGCCGCUUCUGUCCGGCUGGGCUCUGGACGCGUGGGUUGCCCCCUUACUGCCUCUGACCGUUUACACAACCGCCCCUUCCCUGUUCCCAGCGGGAAGGACAUGAGUGUUCCUGGGCCGACGUCCCCGGACGGGGUCCUGGCAGGGCCACCCCACGGCCUGGGGGCCGGGGAGCCGACGCCGGGUUUAAGUGACACUUCUCCAGAUGAAGGGUUACUAGAGGACUUGGCUGUAGAAGACAAAGCUGUGGAGCAGCUGGCAGAAGGAUUGCUUUCUCACUACCUGCCAGACCUGCAGAGAUCAAAACAAGCUCUUCAGGAACUCACACAGAACCAAGUUGUAUUACUAGACACACUGGAACAAGAGAUUUCAAAAUUUAAAGAAUGCCAUUCUAUGUUGGAUAUUAAUGCUUUGUUCACUGAAGCUAAACACUAUCAUGCCAAGUUGGUGAAUAUAAGAAAAGAGAUGCUGAUGCUUCAUGAAAAGACAUCGAAGUUAAAAAAAAGAGCACUUAAACUGCAACAGAAGAGGCAAAAAGAAGAGUUGGAAAGGGAGCAGCAACGGGAGAAGGAAUUUGAAAGAGAAAAGCAGUUAACCGCCAAACCAGCAAAGAGGACCUGAGAAGCUGAGUGUGUCUGUGUUCUUCCUCCCCCUGCCCCCCGUUACUUGCAUGCAGGGCAGCCCAGGUGUGGGCUGGAGUGAAGGUAGUGCCUUACACCAUCGGCCCGGCUCACGUUUGCAGUCCUUUUCCCGGGAGUGCUGUCUCCGGAUCUUCAUUUCCACCAUCAAGGAGCUUUUUGCCCCAAGUAGAGGACAAAAUGUCACUCGCUUUGAGUCUUUGAAUGUAAUUUUUCAACUUCUGUUUUGCAUCAUUUUUAAAUUCCUUACUUUGGCUUUGCAUCAUUUAUCAACGGGAAAAUGGUUUGAUUGCUUUAAUAGUCUAGACUCUAAGUGAUUAAAAACUAGUAUUUUUUAGCUUCUUGAGAAGUGUGGAUUGAAAAGAUUCCAUUUCUUUUAUGACUUGCCUUUCUGGCAAUAUAGUGCUGGUUUUUGGUAAUUGCUUUAUCGUUGCUUGGUUCAGAAGAAAUGCCAACCGUUUAAGCACAUGUGCCCAUGGAGAAGAGGUGGUGUAAGCCUUUGUGAAGAACACGAUAGAGAAAUGCAUAAUGGGAAAUAAUAGCAUCUUAGACGUCGGACAGAUGGGCAAGAUUCCAGAUAGAUUCUGCUAACUGUAUGCUCUGUCUGCUUCCUAGCGUUGUUGCUCUUUAGUUUUUACGUAUUCUCUGCGUUCAGAGUCGAUUCUCUCUACUUCUAAAGUUUGGCAAGGCUGGUAGAGCUGUCACACACACAAAUAUGCUGAAAUAUUUCGAAUACUUAGUAAGAGUCAUCACACACUGAGAUACAGUUGCCAGAUUGAUAAGAUACGAGUCCAGCUUUCCAAAUGGAAGUUCUCGCUAGCUCUGUCCAUCCACUGAUUUGCUGUGUGGCCUUACAUGUAGUUACUUUUUCUGUGCUUUAAAAAAAGUUCUUAAAGUAGAAUGAUAUCUUUACCCACUACCCAUGUUAUAGAUAAUGACAAGAAUGGUGGAAAAUUAGCAAAUAGCUUCUUCACAAGAGACAGCAUGAUACCUUUAGUAUUUGCUAGAUUUUCCCCCUCAGUAGUUUCAGUAGGAACUUAUGUGAGGAAAUAUUAGGAAGUUUCAUUUUCUAAAAUUGAGAGUAUAUUAUUAAUUGUUUUAGUAUUAUUUAAUAUCCAACUGGUCUCCAAUCUAUAUUACAUAGAGACUGUACAGAACCUAUAAAGGUGUAUGCUUAGAAUGUGUAUCUUUUAUAGUCUCUGUUACAUUUUGGUAAGCUGGAAUCACUACCUCUGAUCUCAUAUCAGGCUAAUUAAUGAUGGAGAGGGCAUUAGAUUUAAGCUGAUUGCUAAAAACUGGUCUGUUUGAAGGUUUACAGUUUUGGGAAAGCUGUUCCCUUCUUUGAUGAAUGAAUUAUGAUCUCACAAUUUACUUGACUUUGACCUUAUAUUAAGAAUAUAAAUACAUUUUAUUUUAAAAGGCUACAUUUGUCCUCAAACACUAGCUAAAACUGCCUAGGGCAGGAUUCAUUAGCGCUUGUGGGAAAAUGUCACUUAAAUUGCUGAAUGAACUCCUCUGUAAAGGCUGUGCACUGUUUCUCAGAGUGUUUUAUGGGCCAGCUGCAUUAAAUGCUGGUUCCUGGACACCGCUCUCAAUCUGCUGAAGCAAAUCUGUUUGUUUUGUCUUUUUUUUUUUUAAGUUUCCCCACAUGAUUCUGAUGUACCUUAAAAGUUGAGACCACUGGUCCAGUGGUCUAGGUCAGAGGUUCCCACACUAGACUGUAUGCCACUGUCACCUGGGAACUUAAAACAGACAUUCUGGAAGAUUCUUACUCGUUAGUUCUGAGGUGGGGUCCAUGCAAAUUUUGAAGAGCUCCCACAUAAUUCUGAUGCGGGGAACCACUGGUCUAGAAUGUCUAGUGAUUUAUAUUUAUAAGAAAUGAAAUAGCUUAAAAGCUACCCAAUAACUCUUGGGAUUAAUCUUAUGAAAUAAAUUCUGAACUGCUUUUGAUAGAAAGUUAGAUUUAAGACUGAAAUAGAUAGCAGGCAGGAAAUAGAUAUAGAAUUCUGGUUAAUUAAUUGAACUUUUGCGACCUAUGUUAAAAUAAAUCAUGCUUAUUGAAUGAGUGACAAGGCACAUAUACUUUUAGAAUUGUAUUUAAGAUUUGAAGUUUUUUUUUUUUAAAUGUCAAGGACAUAUAUUAGCAACCACUAUUUUUAGGUCAGUUGUAAAUCAAAAGUACUGUUACAUUGGUAAUUACAAUCUAACACUUGAGCUGUAUUUCAGUAGCAUAGAAACAUAUCUUACUGACUAAACCUAAAUGGAAUCCUUCUAGUAGUCUUGCUGUAUUUUUGCACAGUAUAAUGAAUUGGUACUUGGGUUGGUUGUUUGGUUGAAAAAAAUUGCCUUUGUUUUGAACUAUAUCACGUAUGUACUGAACUAAAAUGAUGAGAGUUAAUUUUGUAUUUACUUUGCAGUAGGUAAUAUGUAAAGAUGCAGACAUUGAAUGUAAUAUGGAUUGUGUCUGCAGUGAGUUUUUGAGUGGGUACAGUUUAUAAAUAUGCCAGUUAUACACCCUUGUACAUUUGUCUGAUUUUGAACUUGUACAAUGAGAACUACUUUUUACACAUUUAAUAAAAAAAAAAAAAAGUCUCUGAA